AUGCCAAUGAAACUCUCGCUCAACGGAUUACUUGCUGAUCUUGAGGAUGGCACAACAGAUAGAACUCCUCUAUCAUCCGCUCGUCCGACCCAACGAGGUCAUGAUCUGGUGUGGAAGUAUUGGUUAGAUUACCUUCCACGAAUCAAUGAACCUACUUUGACGCCGGUGAUAGGAGUCAUGAAGGCUUUUUUUACUAUGCUUGCAAAGGAGCGUCGUGGACAAUUGGGCGAUCGUCUUUCCGUAUCAUCAUUAAUUGAAUACUCUAGAGCUUCAGACUUUGUUUAUAAGAAAUACUCUCGCGGGGAAAUCGGAUUGAGUACAAGAACUCGUAAGAAGCCUAUCGCCAAGAUCAUCGAUUUAAAAGACUUGAUUGGGUUUUUGUGGAUGAAUGAUCCGGUGAACUUCUUGCAUGAGCGCACACGAGUUCAGUUGGCCCUUUUGAUUUUGAUGACAACUUUCACUGCAUCACGCCCCGGUCCUAUUGUUGAAUCACACGCAUGUUGUUUGAGUGGGCAAGCGAUUUUAUAUGAGAUUUUGGAGAUUGCGACGGUCUCAAUGUUCUGGAUCUCGCAUUCUCUUCCAGGAUUUUAG